AUGCAUAUCUGGGCAACCUUCUUACGCGAAUUACGUGCGACGUUUUCAUCAUCAUUUUCUAAAGAGGCAGCCAUUAAACAAAUUGGAAAUCGCCAGCAACGUAUUGAUGAAACCGUCUUACAUUAUUACACAGAUAUGAUGGAACUGGCUAACAGAAUCGAUCAUCAAAUGAACGGCGAACUUAAGGUGGUGUACCUGACAACAGGCUUGAAAAUAUCACUGAAAAAAGAAGUGCUGCGAAACAAACCGCAAACCCCAGCUGAAUUUACCAAAUAUGCGCAAGACGAAGAAAAACUGGGCUCCUCCAUUACAACACAAAUAUCAAAUGAUAAUCGUCUUACAAUACCGAUAGAUUAUGUCGCGCCGUCAGUCAGAAUCGACAAUGGAAGAGCUGCUCCAACGAUUGGGUGGCCAUUCAUGGUUCACAAAAAUCGUUAUGUUUUAUGCAUAAUUGAUCACUUUUCUAAAUGGGUAACGGCUAUAGCAUUACCAAAUUGUACAGCUCAAACAACUGCCGAAACACUAUACAAUGAAUAUAUAUGUAUGUUUGGUGUUCCAUCAGUUAUUUGA